CCGGAAGUGUGCGUGUGGCGAGGAGGCGGGCGGGUCAGAGGCCCUCGGCCUGGGAGUGCUGCGUUCUUAAGGGACCCAGGCGACUCUGCCGGUACCGCAUGCGUGGUUGGUGACUGUCUCCAGAUGCAGAGGCGUCUGUUUCCUUGGCACAGGCAGGUCCUGAGCUGUAGUUGGAGUAGAUUGUGCCUUCUAAAGCGACACCUAUUUACAAUGAAGUUGCAGUCUCCAGAAUUCCAGUCACUUUUCACGGAAGGCUUGAAGAGCCUGACAGAAUUAUUUGCCAAAGAGAAUCAUGAAUUAAGAAUAGCAGGAGGAGCAGUGAGGGAUUUACUAAAUGGGGUGAAGCCGCAAGACGUGGAUUUCGCCACCACUGCCACCCCUACUCAGAUGAAGGAGAUGUUCCAGUCAGCUGGCAUUCGCAUGAUAAACAACAAAGGAGAGAAACAUGGGACGAUCACUGCCAGGCUUCAUGAAGAAAAUUUUGAAGUUACUACACUCCGGAUUGAUGUCACCACUGAUGGAAGACAUGCUGAGGUAGAAUUCACAACUGACUGGCAGAAGGAUGCUGAACGAAGAGAUCUCACCAUAAACUCUAUGUUCCUAGGUAAUCUCUUGAGAAGUCAAGACAGCAUUUUAAUUCAGCCUGCCAGGGUUUCCUUUCCUUGGUAAACUUGUGCUAUGGAAAUGGUGUUGAACUUACUAACUUAUGAGAGCCAGUAUAUCCUGUUGACUGGAGCCAACUCUCAGGGCUCAGAUUCGGUUACUCACUAGCUGCAAACUGAAGUAUUUCUGUCAGCCUCCUUUGUUCUACUGUAGUGAAGAUUAAGGGAAUAAAUAACUGUCAGUGUUUAACUGCCACAUUUACACAUUGUCUGUUAACUUACUGUACCUAAACAGUGCAAGAAAAAUGUGUAACACACACACACUCCCCCUAUAUCAUAUCACUCUCUGCACUGUUUUAUACAUAUGUAUCCAAAAAUGUUGUGUAGAAUGGCAUAUAACUAUCAAAUAUUUGUUACUGACUCUACAAACAACCUCAAAAUCUUUUUGAGCAUCUAAUCUUAGGAAGCAGCAAUGGAUUAGCCAUAAUGAAACACCUGUCAGCUUAAUCCUCUGUGGUAUGAAAGGUGAGGAGAAAUAGGAGUGAGGUGAGUUGGGAUGGUACAUCUCUGCUACACCAAUUUUUAUACUUUUAAUUUCACACAGUCUCUUUGUUUCAUUAUUGCUUCAUGUGCUGAGAAAGUAAGUUUAGGCAAGAUGGAUGUAUAAAACUACA